AUGCUGCAGCGACUCGUCGUGCCGCUGAUGGGACUCCUCAGCCUGCGACUCGGCUCCGCUCACGGCACAGAACUGCCCAGGCCUCCAUCUGUGUGGUUUAAAGCAGAAUUUUUCCACCACAUCCUUCACUGGACACCCAUUCUGAACCAGUCCCAGAGCACCUACUAUGAAGUAGCGCUCCAGAGAUAUGGAACAGAGCCCUGGAAGGUCAUCACCUGUAACCAGACCCUGGCACAGUCCUGUGACCUCACUGCGGUCACCCUAGACCUGUAUCACGGCACCAUUUACCGGGUCAAAGUCCGGGCAGUGGACGGCAGCCAGCGCUCCAACUGGACCCUCUAUAACACCCGCUUCUCCGUGGAAGAAGUGACUCUGACAGUUGGCAGUGUGAAGCUUGAGAUACGCAAUGGCUCCAUCCUCGGGACAAUCCAGCCCCCCAGGCCCAAGAUGGCCCCAAGAGGUGACACAUACGAAUGCAUCUUCAGAUACUUCCGAGAGUAUGAGAUCGCUCUUCGAAAGGUGCCGGGAAACUACACGGCCAUAAACAAGAAGGUGACACAAGAAAACUUCAGCCUCCCAACCUCUGGAGAGGUAGGAGAGUUCUGCGUGAAGGUGAAACCAUCCAUCGGCUCCCGAACUAACAAAGGAAGGUGGUCCAAAGAGGUGUGCAUCACCCUCACCAGGCUGUAUUUCACCCCGACCAUCCUCAGUAUUGGAUCUGCCUUUGUGCUGCUGCUCUUUGGAGCCCUGGCCUACUGCCUGGCCUUCCAGGUAUACGUACGACGCCGGGGGAAGCUGCCCAAAGUCCUGGUCUUCCAGAAGCCCAGUCCCUUCAACGUCAUCAGCCCCCUUCCCUACCCAGAGGCCCUGGACACCAUCCACCACCUUGAUGAGCAUGCCUGCCUGAAGGUGUCCCCAGAGCUAAGGAAUUUGGAAUUGCAUGGCAGCACAGACAGUGGCUUUGGUAGUGCCAAGCCAUCCCUGCAAACUGAAGAGUCUCAGUUCUUCCUCCCUGCACACCACUCCCAGGCUGGUGGGACCAUGGGGCAGGGGGAUCCCCCAGUGCUGGAGAACAGCUGCAGUGGGAACAGCAGCAAUAGCACGGACAGUGGGAUCUGCUUGCAGGAGCCCAACCUGAGCCCUGGCACAGGGCCUGACUGGAAGCUGCAGGUGGGGAGCGCCAAGCAGGACCAGGAUGAUAGUGGCAUCGGCCUGGUCCCAAACCCUGCAGGGCAGCCUGGGGACACACAGAGCAGCUCAACCUUUAACAAGGUCAGUCCCCUGAGGCCUGAACUUCCUGGGGAAGAAGACCCAACUGAAGUAGUAAUCCAGGGUUACCUGAAGCAGGCACGAUGCAUAGAAGAGAAAUCAGCCAAUGCCAGCUGCCUGGAGGUAGAAACUUCAACAGAUAAUCUUGACCCUAAAUUCCAAACAUGCCUACAUGUCGAAGCAGGCUGGCCUCCUUCAGCUCUGGCCAAGGGCUAUAUGAAACAGGACCCCUCAGGAAUGACUCUCCUCUCAGGGCCCCCAAGUGGACAAUGGAACCAACCAACUGAGGAAUGCCGGCUCCUGGGUUUGACCAACUGUGAUGAGCUAGGAACCUCUGACUGGAGCUUUGCCCUGCAGCUUGCCCCUCUGGACUGUGUGGCAGCCCCAGAAAAUCUCCUGGGUAGCUUUGACUCAGACCUAGUGGCCCUGCCACUGAUCUCCAGCCUGCACACAAGUCAGUGA